UUAAUAUUUUAAACCUAUAACACCCUGCUACAUUUUUAUCAUUUGUCUUUGAUCAGAAAAAACUAAGAUUUCAAUAGUUGGCCCAACUGAAGUGGGAAGGGGCUCGUAUUUUAUUGAAAUUUAUGUUGCGAUAUCAAGACGAAAAUACAAACCAGCGUGUAGAUGUGAGGCACUGCGAAAGUAUUUUCUGUGUGAUACGUCUUUCUUAAUUUUUGUGCGCUGUGGCUUUGAAGAAAUAUGGAAACAUCGGCUGUCUCUAACAGAGCUGUGUGCCACGGAAACCAGAACAACGAUGGGGACCUGCACAAAUCUCCAGAUAUGUAUGCGGAACAGACCUACCCGCUGAUUUGUAGAGAUAAAGCAGUACAACUAUAUAAAGGGUCACAUUUUACACCGAAAACACCAACACUUCGCGCAGUGCUCAAAAAUGGCGACUGCAACAUUCACCAGACUAGUGUUCCACGAAAAUCGUUUCUGCAAGACCUCUUCGUCACGUUGGUUGACCUCAAAUGGCGAUGGACCCUCGCCAUAUUCGUCCUAGGAUUCUUCAUCUCCUGGGCCAUUUUCGGAGUUGCUUGGCUCCUUCUGGCUUACAUACACGGAGAUUUGGAGGAACAUCAUCUUCCAUGGAAUCAGAUUACCUCGAAUUGGACUCCUUGCGUCACAGAAUUGCACGACUAUGCUUCAGCGUUUCUGUUUUCCGUUGAGACGCAGAUCACAACGGGGUAUGGGACGAGGUCACCUACAGAUGAGUGCAAAACUGCGAUAUUUUUGAUGUGCUUCCAGAACAUUGUGGGCUACAUCAUAGAAGCUUUUCUAGUCGGUACUGUCUUCGCAAAGAUGACAAGGCCUAAGCUGAGAACAAAAACCUUGAGGUUUUCCAAAUAUGCAGUGAUAUGUAUGAGAGAAGGCACGCUAUGUCUGAUGUUUCGCAUUGGGGAUAUGAGGAAAAGCAGCAGAAUCAUAGAAGCUAAAGUGAAGACACAACUGAUACGACCCAAACAAACCAAAGAAGGUGAAACUUUUUGCACGUAUCACACGAAGAUAUCUGUCAGUGUAGAUGAUUGCGAUGGCGAUCUCUUCCUUAUUUGGCCAAUGACAUUUGUCCACAAGAUAGAUCCUUCUUCUCCAUUCUACCAUCUGUCUGCUAACGAUCUGCUGACACAGAAGUUUGAGAUCGUAGUCAUCUUGGAGGGAACGAUAGAAAGUACGGACCAAAAGACUCAAGCUAGAUCAAGCUAUCUUGCUAGCGAAGUGUUGUGGGGGCAUAGGUUUGAAUCUAUGAUCAGUGUAGAUUUAGAUAAAGAAGGGUAUAGGAUUGAUCACUCGAGGUUCGAUAAGGUUGUACCUGUGGAUACUCCAGUAGUUUCUGCAUUUCAGUUGAGUGAAAUUAUGAUGGUGACGGAAAAAAGGAACGAAGAAGUUAAUACCGUGUCGUGAUUGUUAUUGACAUUUUUUUGAUUUUCAUCGAAUUGAGGUAUUGUGAUAUAUGUGUGUAAUGUUUAUUGAAAAAGAAAAAGGUUUUAUUUAAGGAAUUAACGGAGCCCAUAUUUGACAAUAAUGUCAACUUCAGCAUUUCUAGUUAGAAUCAAAGGAAAUAUAUAUUUUUUGUACCAUGUGGUGGUUUUUGGCAUUUGUGUUUUAUUUAGAUGAGUUUCAUCGAUGUAUAAUUUUACCGAAAAUGGAAGCCCACCAGACGUCUUAAAGAUGUCCAAUUUAAGUUCAAAAUUCGUCUAAAUGCCGCUGACGUGAACGUGAUGUACGAGUAUUAAGAAAGCCUCUUGUGACACUAUUUAUACUUUGUUAACCUCUAGCUUUCAAUGGGCUUUGCCAUCUUCAUCAGGAGCUGCAAUAACAUUGGGAAGAAAUAGCAACUAUUGUGCAAAAUGAUUUAAAUUAACUUACAGUAGUAUGUGAGAUUGUUGCUAGAAGAAAAAGGUUUUAUUUAAGGAAUUAACGAAGCCCAUAUUUGACAAUAAUGUCAACUUCAGCAUUUCCAGUUAGAAUCAAAGGAAAUAUAUAUUUUUUGUACAAUGUGGUGUGUUUUGUUGCAUUUGUGUUUUAUUUAGAUGAGUUUCAUCGAUGUAUAAUUUUACCGAAAAUGGAAGCCCACCAGACGUCUUAAAGAUGUCCAAUUUAAGUUCAAAAUUCGUCUAAAUGCCGCUGACGUGAACGUGAUGUACGAGUAUUAAGAAAGCCUCUUGUGACACUAUUUAUACUUUGUUAACCUCUAGCUUUCAAUGGGCUUUGCCAUCUUCAUCAGGAGCUGCAAUAACAUUGGGAAGAAAUAGCAACUAUUGUGCAAAAUGAUUUAAAUUAACUUACAGUAGUAUGUGAGAUUGUUGCUAGAAGAAAAAGGUUUUAUUUAAGGAAUUAACGAAGCCCAUAUUUGACAAUAAUGUCUACUUCAGCAUUUCCAGUUAGAAUCAAAGGAAAUAUAUAUUUUUUGUACAAUGUGGUGUGUUUUGUUGCAUUUGUGUUUUAUUUAGAUGAGUUUCAUCGAUGUAUAAUUUUACCGAAAAUGGAAGCCCACCAGACGUCUUAAAGAUGUCCAAUUUAAGUUCAAAAUUCGUCUAAAUGCCGCUGACGUGAACGUGAUGUAAGAGUAUUAAGAAAGCCUCUUGUGACACUAUUUAUACUUUGUUAACCUCUAGCUUUCAAUGGGCUUUGCCAUCUUCAUCAGGAGCUGCAAUAACAUUGGGAAGAAAUAGCAACUAUUGUGCAAAAUGAUUUAAAUUAACUUACAGUAGUAUGUGAGAUUGUUGCUAGAAGAAAAAGGUUUUAUUUAAGGAAUUAACGAAGCCCAUAUUUGACAAUAAUGUCUACUUCAGCAUUUCCAGUUAGAAUCAAAGGAAAUAUAUAUUUUUUGUACAAUGUGG